UGACAAUGAGAAAUGCACAUCGAACCUGUCCAACAUUCUGUCGGCAACGCCCUAUCAAUACGCAGCGUUUCAUGAAAGUUCGGCGUUCCUAAAGUUUCCCUAUUAGGUGCACGAGCUAUCGUUGGGUUCUUCUUACUGACAUCGAGAUGGGGCAUGGAAGAGGCAGUUAUAAAGCAAGCAGCAGUGCCAAAAGUUGCAUGGGCCUAUUUUUAGCCGUACUAACGAUAGCGGGCGUGGCAUGUUUAGCAGCAGGAGUAUGGAUUCUGGUCGAGGAUCAGUACGCAUACGUCCGUGACGUCAUGGCCAUCACAAUUGACAUCAAGGUGAACAAUGCCGCCUACGUCAUGAUAAGUGUGGGGAUUGUUGUCUUCCUUCACUAGCAUUGUGGGAUGUUGUGGAAUGAAGUCCGGAAACACUGGUGUCCUCUUCUGUUUCAUUGCUUUGGCAGUUGUUGUGUUUGGAGGAGAGUUUGCUGGUGGUAUUCUUGCGUCCAUGUUCAAAACCAAGGUUGGAAGAGCUCUGGACAACAAGCUAAAUUCCACUUUCCAGGAUUAUCGUCCCAAGACGAAUGUUUCCAAUGAGAACGAUGUGGCGGUUACAUGGGAUUAUCUGCAGGAUUGGUUUGACUGCUGCGGGGCCCGAGAUUACAAGGACUAUAAGGGCGUGAAAUUCCAGGAUCCUCAGAUGUUUGUGCCCAAGACGUGUUGCGUUCUGAAAUCGGGAGAUGCCACCGACCCAGUACCUGUGAACAACAUUGCAUGCCAGCGAGAUGCCAGGAACGAAGUGAAGUCAUCUGACUUCUUGUUCACCAAGGGAUGUUUGCCCGACAUAAAAGACAAGGUGGAAUGGUAUGCCAGCAUCCUUAUUGGGGUGGCGUUUGGUAUGACAUUCUUUCAGCUGCUACUCCUACUCAUGGCCUGUUGCGCCUUCAAUCGAGACAGUGGAUCCGGUAGAGGGUACAUCAUCUGUAGAUGGCGCUGUUGUUAAGCCUGUCGGUUGAGGGCGCUGUGUCUUUGAAUCGCGGCUUCUGCUUCACAACGAAUCUAGUUUUGCAAAUAGAUAUGUUAAGACCGACUGUGGACAAAGAACCACGACGAAAAUCCAUCCUUCAAGAUUUCACUACGGACCAAAGUCUUAAAUUACUGCUGUACACGUAGCUACUUUUAUGUCGCUCUGUUCCAUUUGGAAACUUGUUUAUUUUGUUGUGCCAUACAUGUACCUCUAGAGAUUUGAUGAAGUUAGUAAGGGCAACAUCAUUGUAUACAGUGGAGCUGUCUACAGCCCAAACAAACUUGUAUUUUUCAACCGCCUGUGAACUAUUCGUUCGCCAUAUAUGGCCAGUAUAUUCCCUUCGCUGUUAAAAUAUAUUAGCAAACGUACAACUAAUCCAUAUAUUCAGGAAGUAGUUCUGAGAUAAGGAAUUACAAACCCAUAUUGUUUUCAAAGCUGGGU